AUGUAUUUACAAAGUUACUUUAGAUCGAUUGAAUUUACUCUAGGUCGACUGAAUUAAUCAACUAACCGUUCCAGAACGUUAAGAUAUGGUAGCGUGAAAAGGGAAAUAAUAGUCUAGGGUUAAAAGGAUAAUCUUGGAAAUAAUGAAAGUAGGUGAGGGCAUAAAGGAAAAAAAGUUAGCAUUCUGAUUCCCCAAGCCAUCCGGAAUCCAAAUACCUCCUUUAUCUUAGGAAUCCAAAUCAGCCAAAUAUUGGAAUUGGAUUCCAAAAUUUGUGUGGGACCCACUAAAUUUUGAUUCCUCCAGAUUUAAUAAACACCGAAGUAUACCGUAAUCGAAAUUCAAUUUCGUUUCUUGAUUCCGAUUACCUUACGUAAACGCGCCACAACUAACUUAAAUUUUUUUUGAAAGAGAGUGAGAUGAAAGCAGCAAAGGUCGCCAAAAACCAUCCCAACAAAAAAGCAGACGGAGCUGCCUCUCUGCUCAAAUCCUGCGCUUCGCUCUGCCACCUCAAACAAAUCCACGCCCACAUAGUCCGAUCAAACCUUCACCGGAACGCCUCCUUAGCCUCCACUCUCAUCUCUUUCUACGCCUCUCUCUGCGCCUCGCCUCGCUACACCCACCUCGUCUUCACCUCUUUCCCCAACCCAAAUCUCUCUCUCUCUCUCUUCAACCACGCCGUCAGGGCUUUCUCUAAGAUCUCCGUGCUCUGUUUCGAGGCGGUGAGUUUGUAUUCGCAGAUGGUUUCGGUUGGAAUUAGACCUGAUAACUAUACGUACCCUUUUGUGCUGAAUUCGUGCGCUGCGUUGAGUGAUCUUUGUGGCGGGACUGAGGUCCAUGGACGCAUUGUGAAAAUGGGUUUUGGGUUUUGUGUUCCGGUUUCGAACGCUUUGGUUGAUAUGUAUGGGUAAUGUGGGGAGGUGGGGAUGGCGCGGAAGCUGUUUGAUGAAAUGUGUGAGAGAGAUGUUGUUUCUUACAAUGCGGUUUUGGGGGCUCAUGCAAGAGGCGGGGUUGAUAUGGGGUGUGCUUUGGUUUUGUUUGAGGGGAUGCUGGGGAAAAAUGUGAUAUCUUGGAACGCCAUGGUCGUGGGUUGUGUAAAUAGUGGGGAUCUGGUUUCGGCAAGGGCUGUGUUUGAUAGGAUGCCUGACAGGAAUGCUGUUUAUUGGACUACAAUGUUGGUGGGGUAUACGAAAAGCGGUUUUAUGGAUAAGGCGAAGGCCCUCUUUGAUGAAAUGCCUGAGAGGGGAUUGAUUUGCUGGAGAAGGCUAUGAUUUCAGGGUAUUCCCAAAAUGGGAGGCCAAGUGAAGCACUUUCACUUUUCCGGAGAAUGGAAAAGGCACGAGUAAAGCCAGAUGCUUUCACCAUGACAGCUGUGAUCUCUGCAUUGGCACAGUUGGGUCCUGCAGAUCUGGCAAACUGGAUUGGAUCAUAUGUGGAUAGAGAAGGCAUAGAACAGAAUGAACAAGUGCUUACUGCACUAGUUGACAUGCAUGCCAAAUGUGGGAAUAUGGGAGAGGCAUGCGCCAUAUUUGAAAAGAUCCCCCUAAAGGUUUUCUCUUACAGUGCAAUAAUCACAGGUCUUGCUUCAAAUGGUCAUGGGGUCAAAGCGCUCGAGAUCUUCCAGAGAAUGCUGGCAGAAAAUAUUGAACCUGAUCGCUUCACAUUUGUUGGGGUAUUCACUGCCUGUUGCCGUGCAGGACUCGUUGAAGAUGGAAUGGGGUACUGGGAAAGCAUGGUUAAAGAUUACAACAUUGAGCCUGAUGCUGAUCACUUUACUUGCAUAGUUGAUAUGCUGGGACGUGCUGGGAAACUCAAUGAGGCCAGCGAUUUGGUCAAGGGAAUGCCUGUGGGGCCACAGCCAGGAGCACUAGGAGCCCUUCUUGCAGCAUGUAGAACAUAUGGAAAUGUCGAGAUUGCAGAAAGUGCUGCUGAGCAACUCUUCAUUUAGAACCUGGGAAUACUGGAAAUUAUACGCUACUUUCAAGUAUCUAUGCGUCAAAAGAACUAUGGGAUGAAGCCAGAAAGGUGCGGGAAGCAAUGAACGGGAGAAAUGCACUUAAGUUUCCUGGGUACAGUUGGGUUGAAAUUAGCAAAGGUCAUGCAGCUCAAAUGAAACCAGACUUAGACAGCAAUUCAAUGGUAGAAUUCUUACAUGCCAUUCUCAUUCAACUGCAUUAUAAUGCACACUUACUGUUGCUAAUGUAAGACCGGAUGUAUGCGGCUUGAGAUGAUUGUCAAUCCCCAGGUCCAAGUUGAAUGCAAGAAUUUGAAAGCAACCAACCAAUAAAUGAACAGCGUGCUGCCAGAUUUUGUUCUCCUCGGCCCUGCUUAAGCUUCCAUUUCUCAAUCCGUUAAAUCCUCAGUUGAUUUGAAGCAAAUACUCUAACUGGUGAGCGCCCUAUGUGGUCUCUUGUCACCUUAUCUCAUGGCCGACCCUGCUUAAAUAUAGUAACCAAGGGCAGAUACCAAGGUAAAUUACUUCUACCACUUUCUGAAUCAUAAGAGCCUGCUACCAAGCCUCAAAAGUGAUGCCUUCUGGUAUGGAUAUGUGAAUUCUAAGCAUCUUUAUGUUACAUUGGAAAAUUGUGAAUGUAAUAUCAUCACCGCGGGAAAUAGAAAAGUAGUCGACAGGAAUGUAGUUACUUGCACAAUAUAUUUUGGAAAAAGGAACAUGCCGCAAUAAAAUCAUCCUAUGUUUGUCUACUAUAUCGUUUGAAAGGCAUAUACCAUCUGCAAUAAUUUACUUGCCUUCAUUAUUUGCAAAAAAUUAUAUUGCUGAACAUUGUUGACUAUCAAGCGAAGUGCAGUAGUUGGUGUUAAAACUGCAAGGACAGAAAAAAAUACAAUGUUGAACCAAAAGUUGAGCAAGUUAUGUUAUAUCAUCUUUUACUUUGUCCUGAUUAUGAUGCAGCCUAGAUGACGAAGAGAUGGGAACGGAAUGCAGUAUAGCAAAAUACCUUGAUGAAAGCCAUGCUUGGGAACAAGAAAGUUAAGAGGAACGAGUGAAAGCGAUCCAAACAAGUUCAUAAAGUCCCCUAUGAAAGGAAUAGCUGCUGUCACGAAUGUAUUCGCUAUGAAGAAGAGCGCUAGCAGGCAGAAACUUCGCUUCAAACGUUAGAUCUCAAAGGCAAGUAUGUAUACCGGAGACCCCCGUCCAGAUCCACACGUGCAAAGACAAUGCAAGCAUGGAAGACAGAAAUGUCACGUAGUCACAUUGUGUUUGACCGUGCUCUUUGUAAUGGCUACCCAAGACUAGAUAUGGGCUAUAUGGUUGUGAUGGAUGUGCUAAAUGUAUCUGGUUAACUGGCUCGGGUCAUAACUUUUACGGAUCUCGAGUUUGUAUUUGAUAUACCAUGUUGGCAUUGAAAAGUUUGUGGUUUAUAUUCGAUGUAUCAUGUCGCCAUUGUAUAAAUAUUACAGCAAUAUAUUUACGUGGAACUUUUUUUUUUU